AUGAGAAGGGUGCGCCGUGUUUAUGUAGUUUUGCCUCAUCUUCCUCCGAUUUUGUGUUUGAGGCGCUACUUAGUGGAGGAUGGGAAGGAAAAUGAUGAAAACGGUCAGGAGCCUGAUUCUCUUAGUAAACUAAGAGAAGUUGAUCCUUUCCGUGUAGGAUACAACAUGGGAAUGCAAAGCGUUCAUCUAGAAGCUAUUCGAAUGAAGUUGACAGAUAAUUUGGAGCUCUUUAAGUCGCAUUUCCAUGCACUUACCGAUAUACUGAAGUCAAAUCAAGAUCAAGUUCGACAACUCCAUGAACAAUGUAACAAGGCGAUUCUUCAUGAGCUGAAUGAGUCCAAUACCCAACUUUUUUCACAACGUUCCGAGUUCGAACGACAAUUGAAAAAGUUGGAGGAGUCGUUAAAAAGUAAUAUUGAAGACAAGGUAGUUGGACUUCAGGCACACAUUGAUGAUCGUUUUGAAAAUUUGAAGGACGUGAUAAAACUGGGCUUUGCAGUACUUAUUUUUCUAAAUCUAUGGAUGUUUUACACAAUAUCACAAAAUCAUCGCCAAUAUAUGAAUGCUCAAACGACACAUGCUUUAGCUUAUUUGCCUUAUCAAGGUAAGAAGUAA